AUGGAUAUCCCAUUCUCGGUUCAAUAUGCUGAUGAUCUCCUGCAUGGCCACAUCCUCAUCGUCCUCCGCAAGCCCACAAUUUCAGAUCUUAAAAAUCUCCGGACUCUAGAUUUGUCAAACAAUGGCUUCCAUGGAAAAAUUCCUUUUUCGAUUUUUACUCUACCAUCUUUAUCUAAUUUGAUUGUAUCUUCUAACCAGUUCACUGGUCAUAUCGGCGAAAUAUCUGCUUAUUCACUACGGUCGCUUGAUGUGUCUAACAAUAAGUUGCACGGCCCAAUUCCAAGGUCAAUUUUUCAGCUUCAAAACCUUACACUCAUGAACUUUUCACACAAUUGCCUUUCAGAAAAUGUGUUGUGGCACCACUUGUCAUGGAAAUACAUGCGUUUUCUUGAUUUAAGCUCCAACUCCCUUCAAGGAGAGCUUCUUCCUUCUAUUUGCAAUGCUAACACACUUGAUAUUCUUAACUUGUCCCAUAAUAAUUUCACCGGCACCAUUCCACACUGUAUUGUUAGCUCUAACCUUACUCUUUCUGUGUUGGAUUUACAAAAUAAUAGUUUCUCUGGCAUUGUACCUGAAUCAUUUGAAGUGGGGAACGAUUUAAGAACCCUAAAUCUGAAUGGCAACUUUCUAGAAGGGUCACUGCCUCGAUCUUUGGUCAAUUGCACAAGGCUAAGAGUCUUGGAUCUUGGCAACAACAACAUAGAAGAUGUAUUUCCCCAUUGGCUAGAAGCUCUUGAAGAAUUGCAAGUACUUGUUCUUAGAGGGAAUAAAUUCCACGGUUUUAUCCCCAGUUUUAAGGACAAUAGAAGCCAUGCCUUCCAUAUGUUAAGAGUACUUGACCUGUCCAGCAACAAUUUGAAAGGUCCUUUACCUGCAUCAUUCUUCCAAUCUUUCGAAGCUAUGAGGAGAGUAGAUGGAAAAACUCGCUUGCAGUACUUGAAUUAUGCAAACUCUAGCUAUGAACAGAGCAUUUAUGAGGACUCCAUUGACAUGACCUGGAAAGGAUGUGAAAUUCAUCUACAAAAGAUAUUGACAGUAUUCACAAGCAUUGAUUUAUCCAAUAACAUGUUUGACGGAGAGAUUCCUCAAGUUAUUGGAGAGUUCCAUGCAUUGAAGGGGCUCAAUUUCUCACAUAAUAGGCUCAUUGGUGCAAUUCCUAUCUCAAUAGGAAAUUUGAGGAAUUUGGAAUGGUUGGAUUUGUCAUCAAACAAUUUCACUGGGAGAAUUCCUACAGAGUUGACUAAUCUCAAUUUUCUCGAAGUCUUGAACUUGUCAAAGAAUGAACUUGAAGGUUGCAUUCCUAGGGGCCAACAACUGGAGACUUUCUCAAGUGAUUCUUUUAAAGGAAACAAGGACUUGCGUGGUUUUCAACUCAUGAUUCCAUGCAACGCCUACGAGGAAAGACAAGAACCACUUCCAAGUUCUGGAGAUGGAUUUGAAUUUGGAUGGAAACCUGUGGUGUUGGGAUAUGUAUGCGGAGCAGCAUUUGGAGCAAUGUUGUUUCAGGUUAUAAUGUUCACAGGCAAACCUCAAUGGGUUGUAAGUCUGGUGAAUGAUCCGCCAAAGAGGAGGAAGAGAAGGGUUAGAAAGUGUACGUAG